UGGGACAUCUCAGCACGGGACCUGUUUCGCGUUGUUUGUGUUUGGGCUUUUCGGGGGUAUUUAAAGAGGCUCUUCCCAGCAGCAGCUUCCUCAGGCUCUCCAGCGACAGCAACACCAACAACACCACAUUCUACACACAACACCACAUCAUCAUUAACAAUGUCUGGAGGAAAGGGAAAAGCAGGAGGAAAGGCCGGUGCUGCACAAAAGACGUCCACCACAAGAUCUGCCAAAGCUGGAUUGACCUUUCCAGUUGGAAGAGUCCACAGAUUACUCAGAAAGGGCAACUAUGCUCAGAGAGUUGGUAGUGGUGCCCCAGUCUACUUGACUGCUGUCUUGGAGUAUUUGGCUGCUGAAAUCUUGGAAUUGGCCGGCAAUGCUGCUAGAGACAACAAGAAAACAAGAAUCAUCCCAAGACACUUACAAUUAGCCAUCAGAAAUGAUGAAGAAUUGAACAAAUUGUUGGGCAAUGUCACUAUUGCUGAAGGUGGUGUCUUGCCAAAUAUUCACCAUACUUUAUUACCAAAAAAGACCUCAAAACCAAAGGCUUCUCAAGAAUUAUAACUUUUUGUUUUCAGUUACUCUCAACUACUCUCUCAAUUUUGGUAUUCUCUUUCUCAUGCUAGCUUAUUUUAUUUUUUUACCCAUUAAACGU